AUGACUGAACCAGAGGUAGCUCCCUAUGGAGGGUUUAUAGUGAAAACUUUGGAAGACGAAAAAGCAAACGAAGCUCAGCUUGAAGAGCUAGCUAUAGAAGUUGACUAUAAUGGAACCACUCAAAGACUAAGACCCGAGGCAUUGAGAUUGAAUGGAGUGGAUAAUUUAUCAACAGAAGAAAUCAAGUCAUAUGUUGAGUACUAUCUCAACUACACCACAUCACGUAAUGAGGACCUCGACAAAAUAGAGUACCACCAGAUCCCGUUUGAUGAACAGGUGACAUUUCGUGUUGAAUGGAUUGACGAUUCCAACGUCAAUAUAGUUUUCAAAACAAACCAGGACAAUUUAAAAGCUUUGAGACAAUUGAGCAGCGACCCAAUAGAGAUUGACGACCAGGAUCCAAGUUUUAUUAAUGAAGUUAUACAAGAGCGUCGGGCGAAGGAUUACAACCCGAUAAUUCCUUUCCGCAGUAGUCAGAGUUUGUCAAAUCGAUUGGGGUUGAAAGAGAAACCAAAAGAGGAUAAACAGGAAGAAGGCAUGAUGGAGGAUGAAUCUGCAAUUGAGUUGCGUAUUAGACAAUCCUUCCAGCUGGAUCGCAAAGUAAAGUACGCAUCUCAAUAUUCACGAUACUAUUUGAUUCACGGAGAACCAGAAAGAACAAGGAGACCUCGACCACUGCACAGACAUAAAAGAAGAGAACCUGUGAAUGAAAUCAAAGAGGAAGAGGAAGAGGAAGAUUUAUUUGCCGACAGACUUAGCCGAGGACAUAAUAGCUCGCGUGGACAAAUUGCCGAUGAUGAGGAAGACUUGUUUGCCGAUAAGUUGAAACGCAGCAGGUCACGGUCACCAACUCGGUCCGGUGGUAGUAGUCACUACAAUCAAAGGUAA